AUCAAAACAAAACCCAACCGGACCAAAGACAAAACCCGGUGCGUAUCCGCCGGUUGCGUGCAGGUGUUGACCUCAUCCGGAAGAUAAGGCAGGACUGCAGAAAUGGAGCCGCGUGUGGUUGAGGUCACAGGUGACCUCUUCACAUGUCCAAGCACACACAGUCUGGCACACUGCAUCUCAGCCGACUGUCGGCUGGGCAAGGGCAUUGCGGCCAUCUUCAAACGCAAGUUUGGCGGCAUCUCAGAGCUGCUGGCACAGCGUAAGAAGCCUGGUGAGGUGGCCGUGUUGCGUCGCGGGUCACGCUAUGUGUACAACCUCAUCACCAAGCACAAGUACUACGAGAAGCCGACGUACGAGACACUGCGGCGCGCGCUGAGCGCGGUCAAGGAGCACUGCGUGACGCACGAGGUACGCCACCUGGCCAUGCCGCGCAUCGGCUGUGGCCUGGAUGGCCUAACCUGGGACCGCGUUCUGCCCAUCAUCAAGGACGUCUUCCAAGACUGCUGCGUGCAGGUCGAGAUCUUCUCGCUGUGA